AUGCGCCACAGGCGGGCUGUAGUGAAGAAGAGAAGGCAAGCUUUUGGGAGGAUCUGGAGCCCUGAAGAUCGGGGUGCUUACCUUGCGGCGAAGAGGGACGCUAAGAAAGCAGUCUCCAAGGCGAAGUCGGACCGCCACAAGGCUGCGUACGACAUGCUUGAUACCAGAGAAGGCGAGCGGGCAGUGUAUCGUUUAGUCAGAGCGCGUCAUCGCUCAACGUUGGAUAUGGAGCACACCAAGAUCGUUAAGGGAGCAGGUGGAGCCGUUCUGCGCCGCUCUGGUCAGAUCCUGGAGAGGUGGCGAGAGUACUACAAUCACUUGUGUAACGAAGAGUUCUGUCAUUCUCCCAUCCCAACCAUUCCCAGCGUCGAGGGUCCUGUUCUACCAAUUACUGCCGUCGAAGUCAGUGCUGCCCUCGCAAAAUGA